AUGGCAUUCAAAAGCAUGCUUCCUCCAUCCAGCGAGCGACCCAUGUCGCAAUCUCGAUGGCCAGACCCAACCAAGCGGCAACUCUACCUUCUUCGAAUGAACUUUUCAAUAUCCACGUGGCUCCUCCUCGGCGCUCUACUGCAAUCCAUUGUCGUUUUCAUCAUCCCUCGCUUCUACGCAAUGCUGCCAUCGAUCCUCAUCCUAAGCGCCCGUCUGCUAGACACCAUGGCCAUCACUUGGGGAUGGAAGAAGAACCACUAUCUUGACGAAGCUUUCUUGCACCGGGUGUCCCCUCAAAUCCCGGAUGAGGAUGGCAACUUCCAUCAAGAGGCCUCCGAUGAGAAGGUGGUGGUGUUCUUUUUGGGUGCCAAAGGGAACCAUCCCCUAGGCUUCUUCGCCCCCAACCUCAAAGAGAUAAGUGGUUAUCUCGGCAAUAUGAUCAAGCAGUGCGAGAAAGAUGCUCCUGACAGUGGCUUCUACGGUGGUUCCUCGUGGACCAGCCAGGACAAAAAAGGCGCCACGGAAUUUCUCUUCAUCAGCUAUUGGCGGUCGAUCGACGACAUCCACAGAUUCGCGUACGGACCCCUCCACCGAGAAGCCUGGGACUGGUGGAACAAGAACAGCAAGCAAAGUGAUCAUCUCGGCAUCCACCAUGAAAUGUUCGAGGUCGAUCGCAAACACUGGGAGGGUAUCUAUCUCAAUUUCCAACCCACGCUGAUGGGCGCGACCACUUACCUCAGAAAGGGUGAUAAGAUGGUCGGUGGGACCGUUGAUGACCAAUGGAUUUCUCCUCUUGUGGAUGCCCGUGGAGGGAAGUUGAGGAGCAGUGCGGGCAGAUUAGGCCGUGAGCCUGGUCAGUUGUAUGAGAAGUAUGAGUCGGCUCCUAAUGAGUAUUAG